AUGCCUCCACCUGAGCAAGUCAAUGAUAUGUUUGAACAAAUGCUGGGACGACGAGGUAUCCGUGACGAACAAUAUAAAGCUGUCAUGCUUGCGUGGGACGUUGAAAAGAAAUGGUUGAUGCUGGUACAGGAUCGACAAGCUGAACAGCUUGCUUCGGGGCGAAAGGGUGCGUUGGAUAUUGAUGAUCCUGACGCGCCAGCGCCUCUUAUCAAUAUCUUGGCAGAAAAGGCAGGUGAAAUGUGGACAGCAACAUGGGAUGCAGGUGCUCGAAAACUCGACAAGCACGCACAACGUAUGCAGCAAACCCCACAUCGACACGCGCCAUCUAUCUCAAUCAGUCCGUCAACAAGCACAGGCACAGCGUCGACCACUACUGGUGGCGCUGGUACUGGUGGAGCUGCAGGUGGCGGUGUGGUUCCGCCUGCAGGAAUCAAUGUGACAACAGCGCCCGAGCAGGAUCGUUAUGCACCUGAAUUUUUCAUUCGGAAAUUCAUGGAGGCCGAUUUGCGGGCAGUGACACCAACGCUGGUGGGACAUCUCGAGGUGAACUUGAGAACAAGACCUUUAGACUGGGUCAUCAAAUUCAUUGAUUUGAAGGGCGUUUAUGUACUAUGUAACGGCUUAAAUUUCGUAAACCGUAAACCAGAAAGAAAGGACAAAGUUUUGGAGCUCGAAAUUGAGAUUGUCAAGUGUGUCAAAGUCCUUAUUAACACGAGAUGGGGUGUCCGAGAAGCUAUUGCCAAUCCCAACUACAUUGAGUCGCUCGUAUUUUCUGCUGUCUGUCCCCAUUGGCAAACACGCAAACUCGUUUGCGAUAUGCUGUUUUUCUUUUGCCAUUGUGAAGUACCCAUCGGUCACAAGCAUGUUUUGCAAGGCUUUGAAGCACUGCAAAAGCAUAAUGAGGAUAUGGGACCUUUCAACGCAUGGAUCAAGCAGCUGGACCAAACAGUGGAUGGCCGUGGUCGCAUGGGCUCACUCGUUGGAGCAAGCGAUGACUUGAAGCGUAUGGGCUUGUAUAGCGCUCCCGAUAAUCAUUUGAUGGAAUAUGUGGUAAGCUCGGAGGCACGACUUGAUUAUCGGCUGUUGAAUAUUCAAAUUGAUGCGUACAAAAUUGCUGCUGAAAAUGACCUGGAAGAUGCAUUCGGUGACGAGCUGUCGGUAUAUUCAGAUGUGUCUCAGCCCAACGAAUUGUUCGAUAUGGUUUUGGAUAGCAUUGCGGAUGCACCGCGCGCACAGGAUAACCUGGUAUCGACAUUACGGAGCAUGCUGUUGAUUAAGGGCGAUCCAGAAAACAAGACACACUACCAUCGCAUGAUCAGUGAGCUUGUGAGCCAAGUUGUCAUGGAUAGACGCGGGAGCGUUACUGCCUCUGACUUUACAUCUACAUAUGGUGUAUCAGUCGGCAAUUUGAUCGAAAAGUUCAGUGAAUUGGAUCGAUUCCAUCAACUCGAGGAAGAAGCGACAGAGAACCGCGAACAGCUGAUUCGACUCUCGGCAGAAAACAAAGAGCUCAAGUUAGAGUUGGAGCAUUGGCGAAAUCAAGCGGGACAGCCAGCAUCAACCAAACCUUCUUCGGAUGUCGGAUCGAUGGCAAACACAUACAAAAUGGAGGUUGUGGCGCUACGUGCCCUUCUCAAGACGUCUAGAAGCACAAUUGAGAUGUUGCAAGAGCAACUGAAACAAAAGGAUGACAAUGCCGAGGCAGCUGCUGGAGGUCAGCCUCAAUCAUCUGGCCUGGUGUUAGGUGGAAAUUGGAAGACAACUGCUGGAUCUCGACCUGCUCCUGGAUAUGGUGUUAUGAUGCCACCAUCCGCGAAUCAAAACAUGCCUCCAGGUGGUAUGAUACCCGGUGAGCCAGGAGGAUUUAUUAUUCCUGGAACGAUGAUGCCAGAUAAUGUACCACCCCCGCCGCCUCCCCCGCCGCCUCCACCUCCGCCACCAGGAUCAACUGGAGCACCUCCUCCACCUCCGCCCCCGCCUCCACCGCCCCCUCCGCCUGGCGGUGCUCCUCCUCCACCUCCUCCACCUCCUCCCCCAGGUGGUGUUCCUCCACCUCCACCUCCCCCGCCGCCAGGACCUGGUGCACCACCGCCACCUCCACCACCUCCAGGAGCAAGAGGACCAAACGCUCCUGUUGCACCUCUGGCUGGCCCUGUCCGUAAAGAACUGAGACACUAUCCUCAAGUCAAGCUCAAGAAUUUACAGUGGCAAAAACUGGACCAUCGUGGAGUUGACAAGACGAUUUGGGUGCUUGAAGGUGUCAACGAAGACGAGCUGGAAGAUGUUCUCAGCGAAACAGGUGUUUUUGCCAAGAUCGAAGACCUUUUCCCAGCCAAGAUUAAUUUGUUCUUUGAGAAACGCAUGAAGGCCAAACUUGAAGAACGCAAGGAUGCUAUCAAGUUCUUGACAAAAGAAAAGAGUCAUAGUAUCAAUCUUGCAAUUCUUUCCAAGAUUAAACACAUGACUUAUAAAGAAGUGCGAAGGCAGAUUCUGUUUAUGGAUGAUGAGCUUUGUACAGAAAUAUUUGUGAGCAAUUUAAUCCAAUAUACCCCUAGCAAGGACGACGACCUCAAAAAGAUGGAAAAGUACCUUGAUGCUUCGGAUGAAGAACGUGAAGAGCUUGAUUAUCCUGAACAAUUCACGGUUGAGUUCGGGGAUAAGUACGAGCAGUUAUUAAAGUUGAUUUUGCUUAUUGGUAACUACAUGAACGCAACCAGUUUACAAGGUGGCGCAUUUGGCAUGCGCAUCUCUAGUAUCAAUAAGCUGGCGGAUACCAAGGCAUCGAACGUUUCUUCUUUGACAUUACUGCAUGUGUUGACAGGUGUCACAAGACGACAGUUUCCCCACUUGACCGAAUUUCUACAUGAACUGAAGGAUGUGGGCCAAGUCGCGCGCAUCAUGGCUAGUAUCAAUGAUAUGGUACAGCAAUAUACCGAUAUACGUCAGGGCUUAAAGCAACUCGAUUUAGAACUUGGCACACAAUGGCAGCCUGAAGAUGUUGAGCUGGAAGAAGGCGAUCGAUUUGCAGAAGUCAUGACCGAGUACCGGGAUAAGGCUGCCAACAAGUUUGAAGAUUUGCAAACAGUGUAUAUCAAUAUGGAUGCCAAAUGGAAAGAUGUCAUGGUGUAUUAUGGUGAAAAUCCCAAGGUGAUGCGUCCUGACGAUUUCUUUGGUACGUUUGCCAGAUUUGCUAGCAACUGGAAAGAUGCAGCUCUGGCAGAAGAAAAGCAUACGCAAAAGAUAGAACGUGAAGAGCGUCGCCGUAAAGAGGAAGAGCUGCGAAAAGAACGCUUACGUGCCAAACGUGCAAAGGAAGCUGAAAAGAAUGCUGCCAAGGAUGAUCAAAACGGUGUCGAAAACGUUGAUCUUAGCGAAGGUAAUGGGACAACUACUGGUACCGAGGAUGAUCGACGCAUGAUGGACAACUUACUCGCCAAGCUGCGUGCUGGAGAUGCAGAAGCAGCACCACGAGCAAGAAGAAAGCGACGUCAGCGACAACAUCACCAAUCUGAAGAGGAAGAGCAAACUGAGUCUCCAGAACAAGGAGAGGAUGAUGAUCAUAUGUUGGCUGAGAAUCUGCUGAAAAGCUUACAGUCUGACUAA